CCUGCCCACAAAAACAUGACAGGAACUACCUUGCGAAAAGUAACUGUGUGCUAGGUGUUGCUAUGUAUCGGAAACCAGUUCUAGUCUUUGUUGUGGGCUGUAUAAGCCUGAUGGUUACAGCCGUCAUGUUUGACAGAGAACUGAGGAAACAUGACAUGGCGUAUCGACGUUUUCCAAUGGCUGGAAACUCAAACUCAACGAUUAAGGCGGCGAAAAACACAGGACUACGUCUUCUGAAUUCAUCAUCCAGUUCCAACUGUUCACCGAGGAAAAAUUUUGUCUGGAUCAAAGUUCACAAGUCUGGAUCCUCAACAACAACCCCCCUGUUCCAAAAGUACGCUUAUAUCCACAACCUCACGGUGAUGAUGCCAGCACACGGUGGUCCCAUCCUGAGCUGGCCUAUACCGCCCAGGGAGGGCCUGUACGUCAAGCCGAGGACAGGUGUCUACAACGCCCUCUACCAACAUAGUCGUUACAACAAGACGUGGAUGGAAGCCAGAUUUCCCCCCGACACAGCCUAUCUGGCCAUCAUCCGGGAACCUUUCAGCCAUUUCAAGUCCUGCUUUAACUACUACCACGUAUCGCGGGUUAUGAAGACGAAAAAGACUAGUCACAGUACAAACCCUCUUCAGACAUUUCUCAAGAACCCAUGGCCGUAUAAGACUGAGGCAUUAAGCUACGGGGUGCGGUUUGAUAAGACACGAAACGCCCAGGCAUUUGACCUGGGGUACCCCCUGGAGAAGUCGGGCGAUUUAGACUGGGCCAGGCGGUACAUAGAUCAACUUGAACAAGAUUUCCUUCUUGUGAUGAUACUCGAACAUCUGGAGGAGUCCAUCGUCUUGUUGAGACGACUCAUGUGCUGGGAGCUCCAAGAUGUCAUUUUGAGGUCAGGUACUAGUAACAGUAGAAACUACUCUUUCAAACACUACCAGCCUUCACGAACAGAGACAGAGACAUACCGACAGUACAGCGCAGUCGACUUCAUGAUGUUCCAUCGUUUCAACCAGUCUUUGUGGAGAAAGAUUCGGGCGCAAGGUGAUGACUUUUUUGGAGAAGUUCGGCAUUACAGAGCCGUGUGUGCUCAAGUACGGGAGUUUUGUAGGAGAAGGGAAAAAUCUGCGCUGUUGACAAUUCCCAGUACACGCUGGAAUCCGAGAUAUACUUUUGAUUUUAAUCUCUGUAAAAGCCUGGGCACCAGUGCUACCGCGUAUAGGAAUAAGAUAUGGAAUCAGCUGGGAUAUGGGGACAAAAUCAACAUAGAGAUGAUAUAUAACGUACGACAGAACCAUGGAAGUAUGCUGAAACAAGCCAGGCAGAACAGUAAAGAGCGGUCAAUAAAUGACUGAGUCAUUGUUCAGGCUACUUUGCUUAAUACUGGUAACACACACAUGUAUUGUACAUAGUAUAACUUAGUCUCCUUAUAUUCGGGAUUUUUGGAAGUCCUCUAUUCUACGGUCAUUGCCACCAAGAGCAUUUGCAAAGAAACGAUCUUGCAUUGUUUUUUU